UGAUCUCUCUCAUACUUUAUAAGCAAGCUGCACCAAAUCCUGUAAGUUUAAGCUCUACGCAUUCCCAUUUCCCAAACCAUCAUCUCUGUCAUCAGCCCAGGCAAAAGACAAACUCAUUGAUUCUUACCUUCCUGCUUAAAAAUGGUAGACAAGAGCUGUGAGGCUAUGAAUGUACGCUUUUUCAUAAAUACUAAAACCCGACGUAUCAUAUAUGCGGAGGCUGGUAAAGAGUUUGUUGAUUUUCUGUUUAGUUUUCUUUCCAUGCCCAUCGGUUCUGUCCUCAAAUUAGUGCAUGAAUCCGAAUCCAAUAGAAGAAAAAAUGGUUCUCUAUCCAAUCUCUAUGACAGCAUGGAAAAACUACCCUCUCAGUUUAUGAGUACAGAUAAGUCCCAGCUGCUUGACCCCAAAUUUAUAACGACCUACUCUAAUAAGUCUCUUAAGAUCGAAGGCGGAAAAUAUUACACCUGCUCUUAUCCAGACACAACUCACAGUAGUUCGGUCUUCGGAAGUGGUCUCAACUUCAGUGCAACUAGUUCCCCUUUCACAGGUUUUUCUCCCUUCACAACUAGUUCCCCGACUUUCGCAACUAGUUCCCCUUUCGGAGGUGUUCCUCGUGAAAAUAUUACGCCUACUCCUAUCAAGACAGAAGUCACAGUAGUUCGUACAUCGACAAUUCACAAUAUGAGCACCAGCAACAAAGAUAUAUGUGUCUGUGGAAAUCCUAUUAACCGCCCUCUUCAGCUAUUGCAGAAGAGGUAUAUAAGCAGCGGAAGUAGCAGCCAAAAUGCGGGGCAAGGACAAAGCGGUUACGUGAAAGAAAUAGCCAUGUUUAUUAUAACCGAUGACUUGAAGAUAACAGGGAGUUCAACUAGCGUCAUCAUGACAUUGCUCAAUCAGCUCAAUAUCAAAGAUUUAACAGAACUUGAAGAGCGCACAACAAUUGUUGAUCGUAACAAGGCAUUGAAGCUGCUUGAGGCUUCUUUGGUUUCAACAACUGUCUUGAGCGAUGUUUUUGCAGCAGAGUUUUCUGUGCCAGCCGAGGUCUCCUCGUCAUAAGAACAAGAGAAGGAGCGACGGCGUAGAAUAAUUUGUGUGUAAUCCUAAAAUUAGCUCUACAUUUCAUUUUCUUUAGUGGCAUAAGAUUUAAAGUUAAUAGGCUGGGAAGCUUACUUUUCUUGGUAGUAAGCUACUUUCAUUGUGACAUAAGAUUUAUAGUUACCUGGAAAGCUUACUUUUAGAGUGAGUUCUUUAGUAAGCCAGAUUCUUCAGAAUUACAGCAACACUGUAGAAUACUAAGUAAAGGGAGAAAUAUUAUGUGUUUUCUUUCUGUAAA